AUGGGUGAAAAAGCAGCCACCAAUGAAGUGAUCAAUGAACUCGUCAAUGCACUUCUGGAUGUCGAUGUUUAUGUCCGACGAAAUGCCUGUCAAGCGCUCAGAAAAGUGGAUGAAAAAGCAGCCAUCAAUGAAGUGAUCAAUGGACUCGUCAAUGCACUUCUGGAUGCCGAUGUUUAUGUCCGACAAUAUGCCUGUGAAGCGCUCGAAAAAAUGGGUGAAAAAGCAGCCACCAAUGAAGUGAUCAAUGGACUCGUCAAUGCACUUCUGGAUGUCGAUGUUUAUGUCCGACGAAAUGCCUGUGAAGCGCUCAGAAAAGUGGGUGAAAAAGCAGCCACCAAUGAAGUGAUCAAUGGACUCGUCAAUGCACUUCGGGAUGUCCAUGCUGAUAUCAGAUGGGAUGCUUGCAGAGCGCUCGGGAAAAUGGGUGAAAAAGCAGCUACCAAUGAAGUGAUCAAUGGACUCGUCAAUGCACUUCGGGAUGUCAAUGUUCAUGUCCGACAAUAUGCCUGUGAAGCGCUCGAAAAAAUGGAUGAAAAAGAAGCCACCAAUGAAGUGAUCAAUGGACUCGUCAAAGCACUUCUGGAUGUCAAUGUUCAUGUCCGACAAUAUGCCUGUGAAGCGCUCGAAAAAAUGGGUGAAAAAGGAGCCACCAAUGAAGUGAUCAUUGGACUGAUCAAUGCACUUCGGGAUGUCCAUGCUGAUGUCAGAUGGUGUGCCUGUGAAGCGCUCGGAGAAAUGGGUGAAAAAGCAGCCACCAAUGAAGUGAUCAAUGGACUCGUCAAUGCACUUCUGGAUGUCGAUGUUUAUGUCCGACGAAAUGCCUGUCAAGCGCUCAGAAAAGUGGGUGAAAAAGCAGCCACCAAUGAAGUUAUCAAUGGACUCUUCAAUGCACUUUGGGAUACCGAUGCUGAUAUCCGACGAUGUGCCGAUGAAGCGCUUGGAAUAAUGGUUGAAAAGGUAUUUUCAUAG